GAUCAGGAUUACCCCUCUUUAAGUCAAUCCCAGGGAAUCCACAAUCUUCCCACGAUGACGAAGUUUUCUCAGUGCUUUCUUAGCUAGCACAGAGAGGCAGUGAGCGCCAGCCCUGCGUGGGGGGAUGUUGCCAGAUUAAACCCAGCGGCACAAUAGGCAGGGCAAAGUCCCACACCUUCCCAUCACUGCUGCCGACCGGAUCCCCGCGGCUGGGCUGGGAUCGCUUGUCCUGUGCUGAAUGCAUUACGUAAGGCAGGGAUCGUUUGUCAGCCGCGAUGGUACAAACAUAGCUGCAGGCAGAUUAUGCAGAGAGAGAGAGAGAGGAGGGAGAGGGAGGAAGGUCUCUCCCUCCAGGAACUGCUCCACGUAACUGAGGAUUGCAAGUUGGCAGGUUGGCUGCUGGCCGAGCUUCCGUGAGGGUGUCGCUGGCGGUCCCUGACAUGCUCUUGUUCGUGUGGGAUGCUUGAGAGAGGGAUGAGAGACUAAGUUGGGGCACGAGGAUUGGCAUGAGGAUCGGACCAAAAUGGAAGGGCUUCUGUCUCCGAUGAGAACGAAGAUGACGGAGGGCCGCAGAUGCCAAGUGCACCUCCUCGAUGACAGGAAGCUGGAGCUGCUCGUUCAGCCAAAGCUUUUGGCCAAGGAGUUGCUUGAUUUGGUGGCAUCUCAUUUCAACCUGAAGGAGAAGGAGUACUUUGGAAUUGCAUUCACAGAUGAAACGGGACACUUGAACUGGCUCCAGCUGGACCGCCGGGUGUUGGAACAUGACUUCCCCAAGAAGUCGGGACCGGUUGUUUUGUAUUUUUGUGUCAGGUUCUACAUUGAAAGCAUCUCCUAUCUAAAGGACAAUGCCACCAUUGAGCUGUUUUUCUUGAACGCCAAGUCCUGCAUCUACAAGGAACUCAUUGAGGUUGACAGUGAAGUGGUGUUUGAACUGGCUGCAUACAUCUUGCAGGAGGCAAAGGGAGAUUUUUCAAGCAAUGAAGUUGUAAGGAAUGAAUUAAAGAAGCUGCCAGCGCUUCCAACACCAGCACUGAAGGAGCAUCCCUCCCUUGCUUACUGUGAGGAUCGAGUCAUUGAACAUUACAAGAAACUAAAUGGACAGACAAGAGGUCAAGCAAUUGUGAAUUACAUGAGCAUUGUAGAAUCCCUCCCAACAUAUGGAGUGCAUUAUUACGCAGUAAAGGACAAGCAGGGAAUUCCUUGGUGGUUAGGACUUAGCUACAAGGGGAUUUUUCAAUAUGACUACCAUGACAAAGUGAAACCAAGAAAGAUCUUCCAAUGGAGGCAGCUGGAGAACCUCUAUUUCCGAGAGAAGAAGUUCUCUGUGGAGGUGCACGACCCGCGCAGGGCAUCUGUGACCAGGAGGACUUUUGGGCAUAGUGGCAUUGCUGUGCAUACGUGGUACGCCUGUCCAGCACUAAUAAAGUCUAUCUGGGCUAUGGCCAUUAGUCAACAUCAGUUCUACCUGGACAGAAAGCAAAGCAAGUCCAAGAUUCAUGCUGCAAGAAGCCUGAGCGAAAUUGCGAUUGACCUGACUGAAACUGGAACACUCAAGACCUCAAAGCUGGCCAACAUGGGGAGUAAAGGCAAGAUUAUCAGUGGUAGCAGCGGGAGUCUUCUGUCAUCAGGUUCCCAAGAGUCAGACAGCUCUCAAUCUGCCAAGAAAGACAUGUUGGCUGCACUGAAAUCCCGGCAAGAAGCUUUGGAAGAGACACUGCGCCAGCGCUUGGAAGAGCUGAAGAAGCUCUGUCUCCGGGAAGCGGAGCUCACAGGAAAGCUGCCACGAGAAUACCCCCUGGAUCCUGGGGAGGAGCCGCCUAUUGUAAGGAGAAGAAUAGGAACUGCCUUUAAACUGGAUGAGCAGAAGAUCCUGCCUAAGGGAGAGGAGGCAGAGCUGGAGCGCCUGGAGAGGGAGUUUGCCAUUCAGUCCCAGAUCACGGAGGCUGCUCGGCGCCUGGCCAGUGACCCAAAUGUCAGCAAGAAGCUGAAGAAGCAGAGGAAGACAUCCUACCUGAACGCACUGAAGAAGCUGCAGGAGAUCGAGAACGCCAUCAAUGAGUAUCGCAUCAAGUCUGGGAAGAAGCCAACCCAGAGAGCCUCCCUGAUCAUAGAUGAAGGAAACAUCGCCAGUGAAGACAGCUCCCUCUCAGAUGCCCUUGUUCUCGAGGAUGAGGACUCUCAGGUCACCAGCACAAUCUCCCCUCUUCAGUCCCCACACAAAGGACUCCCUCCCCGACCCCCCUUGCACAACAGGCCGCCCCCCCCGCAGUCACUGGAAGGCCUCCGCCAGAUGCAUUACCACCGCAACGACUACGACAAGUCCCCCAUCAAACCCAAGAUGUGGAGCGAGUCAUCCUUGGAUGAGCCCUAUGAGAAGGUCAAGAAGCGCUCCUCACACAGUCAUUCCAGCAGUCACAAGCGGUUCCCCAGUACUGGGAGCUGUGCUGAGGCAGGAGGGAGCAGCUCGCUGCAGAACAGCCCCAUCCGGAGCCUUCCCCACUGGAAUUCCCAGUCCAGCAUGCCAUCGACGCCGGAUCUACGGGUACGCAGUCCGCACUACGUCCACUCCACACGGUCAGUAGACAUCAGCCCAACCAGACUGCACAGCUUAGCUCAGCACUUUAGACACCGGAGCUCCAGUUUGGAGUCGCAAGGCAAGCUCCUCGGCUCUGAAAAUGAGACAGGGAGCCCCGAUUUCUACACCCCAAGGACUCGUAGCAGUAAUGGCUCUGACCCCAUGGACGACUGCUCUUCCUGCACCAGCCAUUCCAGCUCUGAGCACUACUACCCUGCUCAGAUGAACCCCAACUACUCUACCCUGGCAGAGGAUUCCCCAUCGAAAGCCAGAGAGCGGCAGAGGCAAAGGCACAAAUCGGCAGGCAACCUGGUCUCGUCCAAUUCAGGGAGUAUGCCCAACCUGGCUGCGAGGAACGGGACGGGACACCACCGUGUGUACCUGCACAGCCAGAGCCAACCCUCCUCCCAGUACAGGAUCAAAGAAUAUCCCCUCUACAUUGAGGGCAGCUCCACACCCGUGGUGGUGCGGAGCCUGGAGAACGACCAGGAGGGACACUACAGCGUGAAAGCACAAUUCAAAACCUCCAACUCCUACACGGCGGGGGGGAUGUUUAAGGAGAACUGGCAUGGGGAUGAAGUGGACUCUGUCAGGCUCACCCCUUCCCGCUCCCAAAUCAUAAGGACUCCAUCUCUGGGCAGGGAGGGCCACGAGAAAGGCUCGGGUAGGACUGCGGUGUCGGACGAGCUGCGGCUCUGGUACCAGCGGUCCACGGCCUCCCACAAGGAGCACAGCCGCCUCUCGCACACAAGCUCCACCUCCUCGGACAGCAGCUCCCAGUACAGCACAUCUUCACAAAGCACCUUUGUGGCACACAGCCGGGUCACGAGAAUGCCUCAGAUGUGUAAAGCAACAACAGCUGCCUUACCUCACAGCCAGAGGAGUUCGACACCAUCGAGUGAGCUAGCAGCCACGCCGCCGGGCAGCCCGCACCACAUCCUCACGUGGCAGACCGGGAGCUACAACGAUAGCUGUUUCCUGGAUUCUCCCCUCUAUCCAGAAUUAGCAGAUGUCCAGUGGUAUGGGCAGGAAAAAGCCAAGCCUGGGACUCUAGUGUGAACCCCUGACCUCAAGUUAACCACAUCAAUGCCAUUCUGAGUUCACCUCACUGCCUCUCAUUUGCCUUACCCAGAUGCACUGUCACCCAGCACCAGCUUCCACUCCAAGCACUUUCCUCACGAUGCAAUUCAAGGCGACAUCCGCACCACACUGGCCCAGAGACAUCCACCACAGCAGCACCCCGCUGCCAGAGCAGCACACGUGAUGAGCAGCCAUCCUAACAGGCACUCAGCAAUCUACUGCUUUGCCUUUGGAAUGAUGGAAGCCUUUCAAGGCUUACAUCAAAUCAUAUUGUUCUGCGGCAUGUAACAGCAGUAAGGUUUCCAUGACCUGCGAUCUGAAGCAUUAAUUUAAAGGGGGGAUAAAAUGGGAUAGAUGCUGAGAAAUGGAUAUAACAGUCCUGAAAGCGUGUCUGUUAUGAAACAGCAAAACCAUGUUACUUCAAAGAUGUGUCAGGCUCGCAGUCAGAUCUGCACUGCCAAAGAUCACCACGCCAACAUCAGCAGGAUGAGCUCACUCAGCAGGUUCCAGCUACAAGAACAUCUGUUUUAACUCGGUACAGACACAACCACCUCCUGUCAAACAGCAUUUCCUUCAUCGCUUUGAGCCCACCUACGUGCAAAAUAACCCAUUGUGCUGAAGACCCGCUGGAGGUCUGGACUGGUAUCACAGCAUCACUGUCCACAAGCUACUUUUAAACUGGAUAAAGAAGGUUUACAGAACCAUUAUCUAAAGCAGAGGCGAGUACUGGGGCUGGCACCGGUUGCACACCACUACAUGGAGAGGUUGGGUUGUGCUGGUUGAGUUUUAAUACUCUGAUAAAUAUAAAAAUUGCCAGAAAAACCCUUUCUGCAAACAGAUACAGCCAAUAAAAUCUAAUCAAUACCUGCACAAAGCGUUAAGGUGAAAUCAAAGGGAAAGCACACAGCAAUCAAACCAACACCCAAAGCAGCAUUAAUGCAUCUGCUCCACUCCUUUCCCCUUCCUAAGCACCAGUGUAGCAAAGGGCUCGUCACCAGUGUGCUGCCGGGUGGGAGAACUGGUCCGUCGGGAAGAGCUCAACACCCAGCAGCAGAGGCAGAUCCUCCCAGUGCAAGAAGCGACCACAAGAAAGAGAAGCAACUCAGUGGGGUGUUGGACAUGAGCGAGAGCUGCCUGCUGAUACCAAAAGGAACCGUCAUGGAAGGAGCUGCAAGUUUACAUGUACUUUUGAGCAAUGCUUUACACACGUUCAAGCCAUGGAACUUUCAAAGGCCUCAAAGACACUUUUGUAACGAACAAGUGCACAAUCUGGGUGGAUGUUGAAGCUGGCACGUCUAGGCUUCACCGCGGUGCUAUGCUGUUUUUAUUGCCACUAGAUGGGGGGAGGCUCCCGGCCUUUCCCCCGUUUGUGCGAUGAUUUCCUAUGGGAAAGGCAUUAAAAGAAACGGCUGGAGGGGGGUAACUUUGGUGAAAAGCAGAAACUGAAGUUAGCUUUGGUUUAAGGAAAAGAAGAAUUAAAGUGCGAGUGUGUGUGUGCGUGUGUGUGUGUGUGUGUUCCAAGAAUAACAACAGUGUCUACCAGACAAAGUAGGGCGACAGUGAAACACCGUGGCUUGGGGGGCUGCCACACCUUUUGGUAUUAAGAUUGCUGGAAAACUGCAUUCCAGGCUUGAAAAGAGAAUGGGUUCUGCAUAAUUAGGCUUGGAAAGAUGAUGGGGUUUCUAUACAUUAACACAAGCAGCUCACACAACAGCACGUACCAGGAAUGAUCGGUGCUGUUCUCUGUGCCAGGUAGGGAGGUGGCCUCGGAUGGGCAGAAGGGCUGGUGUUUGUCCAGGGAAAGCCACAGCAGAGCCAGGAAGGGAACUCUCGUGUCCAUACAUCAUUAUUAUCCCUCUGGAAAAACAAAAUAGAACAGUUUUUAUCCUGGCAAGGGGUUUUAAAGGUGGCCAUGUGAGCCUCGAGCUUCUGGACCUCCAGGAAGCAUUGAACCCCCUAUGAUAGUAGCUGGAACCUCACAACCCAUCAGUGAAAGGACAGACAGUGGGGUGAGGUUGCACCCAUUACCUGGACGUGCAAAAUCCAGUUCCACCAUCUCUUUGUGCUUUGGGGUCUUUAACAUGGGAAUUAUCUCAAGCUCCUAAUUGGAUUUUUAGCUACGAGAUAGCACUGAUUAGUGACAUUUCCUGGUAAGACUGAGGAGCUAAAGUGAAAGGAUUAACUAAGGACCAAAUUAAGCAGCAGCAAGUAAUUCAGCCCAUGGAUUUGUAGGGGCUCUGAGCAACUGUCUGUUUUCUUUGUAAUUCCCUGUAAGUGGCUUUGGGGUUGGUUGGUUUCUGUUCUCCCUGUGUACCUUCCUUAAUUAAAAAGAAUUCAACAACAGCGGCGCUAUGAGGCCUCUGGGCAUGACAGGAAGAAGCAUUAAUUCCUCAAAGGCCAGCUCUGCAGUUUUGCAGCAAAGGUGAAAAGGUGGCAGCCCUGAACUUAGGC